CGUUUCGUUAGUAGACGCGGACCCCCAAGAAUCAUAUACAGUGAUAACGGCACUAAUUUCAAGGGAGCAGAGUUAGACGUCAUCAAAGCAAUGAAGACGUGGAACCAAGAUUGGAUACAGAACGAGCUGAAUCAAAGAGAUGUACAGUGGAAGUUCAAUCCCCCCGCAGCGAGUCACCAAGGUGGCGUUUGGGAACGUCUUAUCCGAUCAGUCAGAAGAAUUCUACACUCCAUGUUAGGAGAGCGUCUUGUAAAUGAUGAAACGCUUCACACAUUCUAAACAGAAGUAGAGAAGAUCAUGAAUGACAGACGCAUAACGAACGUCUCAAGUGAUCCCCGAGAUUUGGAGGCACUCACACCAAACCACAUAUUGCUACUCCGCAAGAACACAUCCCUACCCCCAGACGAGAUAAAGGAUGUCGACAAAUAUAAAGCAAGAUGGAAGCACGCCCACCUGUUAGCAAACGAGUUCUGGCAGCGAUGGACAAAGGAAUACCUGCCGAUGCUGCAAGAGCGACAGAAAUGGCUACGAGAAAAAGCUAAUUUCAAGGUUGGCGACUUAGUCCUCUUAGCAGACAAGAAUACCCCAAGAGGUCAAUGGCCAAAGGCAAUGAUUCAACAGACAAUGCCGGAUAACGACGGAGUUGUAAGACAAGUGAUCGUGAAGACGGCCGAUGGAGAGUACCGCCGAGACGUGCGAAAGCUUUGUAUGCUAGAAGAAGAAUUAUUGAAGACCAAGACUGAAGCCGAGGACCAAGCAAGAAGCAGUCCGCAGAAGAAAGAGUAGCCACAAAAGUGAACACGAAGGAAUGAAAGCAUUCAAGACUUGAACUGUUUUUAAUUAAGUUACAAGAGGCGUUAAAAGUGUUAAGUAAUUUAGUAAAUGAUUGUGUUUAGAUGGGCAGAAAAGACCCAGAAUAGUCUUUGGCGGGGGAGCGUGUAAGAUUAAGAAUUUCCGCAAACUAGAGGCCCCGCAGGCGCCAUAAAUAUUUAACAUCAAGAAUCAGUCGAGCGUGCAUCAUUAACUUGUAAGUAGUUUUCUUUUUUUUCUUU